AUGAGUAAAGACCGCCAAUCGUCUCAAUCGCAUGACUCGACACCGAAGUCGACGAUCACUCAAAUAGACGCCAAUGUCUUAACCGAUGAUUAUCUGAAAGAGUGGCCAACAAUUGUGGCAUUCGUUCAGAAAGGCUUAAGUGUUGAGCAGUUCUCAGUUCCCAAUCAUUUCCAUCGAUUGAAUCAUAUAUUUGAUGACAAAACACUUGAUUCGACUUUCUUAUCCGAUGAGAACUCAGACGCGUUGUUUGUAAUAACUGGUCGUCAAAACGCCAACAUCUAUGACGAAAACGAUAUACAAGUUAAUCAUCGUUUCCGUAGGGCUGCGAAAGCGGCCAAAAACGACGACUUGAAGCGAUUAGUGUCCGUCAAGUCGUGUCUGUUUUAUUUCACGCGCUCUUUGACCGUCACGUACACCACGAGUGAACCGUAUUGGCAGACAAUUGACACUAAAUUUGAUUCAAUCCCCAAACCCGUGUCGGAUGAGUCCAAGUGCUGGGAAGGCAAAGAACCGGCCGUUUUGGACCUCACGUACACGAAAUUAGACACCACUCUUAAGCUCACGCUUACGAUCGCUAAUAAAAAAGGUGGUUACUGGAGAGUGACUAAAGGCUCGGCGUUUAUCCAGACAUCGAAAUCAUCGGACGAAUUUACACUCGAUGUGAAUGAGAUCACCGCCGGUGACAAGUUCUCGUACAGCUGUUCCCAAUUAAAGAUUGCGUCCAAGAAUACCUCAAAUUCGGCCCAAAUUCGUCUCAAAUUCAGUGAAUUUCAAUUACAGCCGUUUGAGAAUCCGGUGAACAAGAAAAUAGUAUUCACUUCCAGCGAGAGCUGUGAAGUGUGGAUGACUUUACCACUUUGGAUGGGAUUAAUUACAUUGUCUUUGUUGACAGUAAUCCUAUUGCUUGGUCUGUAUUUGCUAUAUAGAGUCGCAACGCCCGACCGGUUUGAGAAUCCAAAGGGAAAGCCAUUGAUUGUGGCCGCGGCUGACGAACAAUAGUCAUCU